AUGCCUCGUGAACAACAGAAGAGAGGCCGCAGGGCCGAGAAAAAAGCGGAGAAAGAUGAAUCAAAGCGGAAAUUCCAGGAAGACCCCGAUGCCCCCGUUGCGAAGCGAUUGAAGCCCUCAGCCGGCGAGGCAGACGAGACCAACGACGCUGCCGGUUUCGAAGAAAAUGGGGACUAUAUUCCCCUGGACCAGGGCGAGGCACCCGAGGGUGAGGUACCUGACAACAGUGGCGAUAUGGUCUUCUACGGUCUUCUGGACGAGGAGGAGUCGGAAUACUUUUCGCGCGCCAACGAAAUGCUGGAGCUCAAUCAGUUCCAGGACGCCGAAGAGCGCAGCUUGUUUGUCGACAGUGUAUACGCGGAAGCCAGUGGCAAGGAAUUGAAGAUUGCCUGCAGUCAGGGUUGUUCAAGACUCAUGGAGAAAUUGAUCUCGAUGUCAAAUCCUCCGCAACUGCGCCGGAUAUUCAGCAAGUUCAUCGGCCACUUCCUUCACUUGGUGCAACACCGAUUUGCGAGUCAUUGUUGUGAGACCCUAUUCAUUCACGCUGGGCCUGCGGUCAUGCAGAAGACGAAGCCUCGGCCGAAGGACUCGGAAGGGGGAGAGGAGGAGCCGGAACAGUCGCUCGCCGACAUGUUCAUGAGUGUUGUCGAGGAACUGAAGAACAACUGGGGUUAUCUUUUGACGGAACGGUUUGCGUCGCAUACUAUUCGUGUGCUACUGCUGGUCCUUGCAGGCGAGCCGGUGGAUGUCACGUCAAAUGAGUCCUUUGUCGCAAGUCGCAAGAAGGAGCGACUCGAAAUUCCUACUAUUCAGGGAGAGGAGAAGGUGGGAAAGACCAAGAAGGAAAAGCACACUGUUCCUGAGUCCUUUGAGCCGACACUGAAAAAGAUCAUGACCGAUAUGGUUGCCGGUCUUGACGACGUUUAUCUUCGCGCCUUGGCCACGCAUCCUGUUGGAAAUCCCGUGCUCCAGGUGCUUUUGUUCCUGGAGCUUUCGCACUUUGGGAAGUCUAGCGCUAAAGACCCCAAGUCGACCAUCCGCAGACUGGUUCCUGAUGAGUCGUUUGAGGAAGAAUCCGAGAGCGGCAUCUUUAUUCGAGGUCUUCUCUACGAUCCGGUCGGUUCUCGCUUGUUGGAAACGAUGGUGCGAUAUCUCCCCGGUAAAGCAUUCAAGAACCUGUACAGAAACAACUUGGGUGACCGCAUCGGCUCUCUCUCGCGCAACAGCACCGCUGGGUACGUGGUUCUUCGGAUAUUGGAACGACUCGGCAAAGAUGACUUGAAGAUUGCUAUGACCAACAUUAUCCCCGAGAUCCCCGGUCUCAUUGAACGGUCGAGGCUCGUUGUUCCCAAGGUCUUGAUUGAGCGGGCUAUGGUCCGUGGUAUCGACACCAAGCCCCUCGCCGAAGCACUCGAGGCUGCUUACAGUGCAGACCCCAUCAUCAGAUUGCAGCAGAUGCUCAAGUUCAACAUCUCAGAGAACGUUGCUUCAAAAUCCGAAGAUCAUGAUAUGGACGCAGCAACCGACGGUAAGGAUCGCAAGCCACGUGGUCCGCCUCCGAUAUCCGCGGCCGAGAAAGCAGAGAAAUUGCAUGCCUCUCUCCUCGUCCAGGCAAUGCUGACGGUUCCGGGCCCGAUGAGCCAAAUCGUCUACACGGCCCUUCUCGCCCAAACAUCCGAAACCAUCGCACAACUCGCCCAAGAACCUACAACAUCUCGUGUUCUCCAGCAGGCCUUGACUUCCACCACCUCCACGCCUCAGAUCCGCCGACAACUCACCACCCGCUUCCAGGGCCAUCUCACACCUCUCGCAUUGAGCAGCAGCGGAUCACACGUAGUGGAUGCGCUCUGGUCCGCAACCAAGGACAUCUUCUUCGUCAAGGAGCGAAUGGCGCAAGAACUUGAGCAACAUGAACAAGAGCUCCGCGAUUCCUUCGUGGGUCGGGCAGUCUGGCGAAACUGGUCAAUGGAUCUGUUCAAGCGCCGGAGGCGCGAUUGGGCUUACAAGGCCAAGGGUCUCGAGGAGCGAGAUGCGGCCGUUGAAGGUGCUGAACGUCCUAAGUCGAAGCUUGAACAGGCGCGAGCUCGAUAUGCAGCUGCCCGUGAAGCAGCUGAUGCUGGUGCCACUGGUGCCAAUCAAACUGCGGUGGCUAGCAGAGAUGCUAAGUGA